ACAAGUACACGUGUCCACAACCCUUUUUGUAACUCUCCGAUUCUCUGUCUUCUUGAAAUUCCACAAUUUCACUAUACAUUGCUCUUUAAAAUGGUUCUAUAGGAGACCACUUUUGUUCUCCGCCUUGUAAAACAUCCUGGACCAGAAAUAAAGAUUGCUCAAUGGAAUAACAAAAACAUAAGCAUGCUUAAGUUUCUUACAGCCAUUUUCAAUAAUCACUCAACAUUCCUCAGAUAUUUCCUUGAGUAAUUAUUGAAAAUUUUAUUUUAUAGUAAUUCGUUGUGGCAACUAAUUUGUUUCAGAUAUUGGUUUAUGGGAAAUAUAUGGAGUCGUUUGGUUUUCUGUGAGUAGCUUUCUGAAGAACAUAACUGAUAUUCGUUGCCAUGGCCGAAAAAGAUGUUACCUUGUCGGAAAAUGGGAGUAUGCCACUCUUCGUAUUCUUUAAAGAUGUCAGGUCAGUGUUUAAUCUAGACAAUCUCGGCCUGGAAAUAGCAAGGAUUGCUCUGCCUGCAGCACUCGCUUUGACAGCUGAUCCUAUUGCAUCUUUGGUAGAUACUGCUUUUAUCGGCCAAAUCGAAUUGGAAAAUAGCAGCUUCGAGAUAGUUAAGGCUGAGCCUGGCAAGAAGCAGAUUGCAUCUGCAUCAUCUGCAUUAAUCAUCGGGGGCAUUCUUGGCAUAAUCCAAGCCGCAUUUCUGAUUCUUGCAGCUAAACCUUUACUAAGUUUCAUGGGAGUCAAACCACAUUCGUCAAUGGCAGACCCAGCACAACAGUACUUGAAGCUGAGAUCACUUGGGGCACCAGCAGUUCUUUUGUCAUUAGCUAUGCAAGGAGUUUUUCGUGGAUUUAAGGAUACUAAAACCCCGUUAUACGCGACUGUGAUUGGAGAUUUGACCAACAUAAUUUUGGACCCCAUAUUUAUCUUUGUAUUCAAAAUGGGAGUUAGAGGCGCGGCUGUUUCGCACGUUAUCUCUCAGUACUUGAUUUCACUAAUACUCUUUUGGAGAUUGAAGGAGCAAGUGGACCUUGUGCCUCCUAGUCUCAAAUAUUUGCAAUUCGGCCGAUUUCUUAAAAAUGGUGACACUAAACUACCAAAUGUAGGCUUCUUGUUGCUCACGAGAGUGAUAGCCGUGACAUUUUGUGUGACCUUAGCUGCAUCAAUGGCUGCAAGGCUUGGACCAACACAAAUGGCUGCAUUUGAGGUCUGCUUUCAAGUAUGGUUUGCAACUUCUCAUCUAGCCGAUGGUUUGGCUGUUGCUGGGCAGGCAAUACUUGCAAGUGCAUUUGCUAGAAAGGACUACAGUUGGGCAACUGUCACUGCUUCCAGAGUACUACAGCUGGGUUUGGCUUUGGGGCUGUUUUUGGCUAUCGUCCUCGGAUUUGGACUACAUUAUGGAGCAAGAAUAUUUACCAGUGACAUUAAUGUUCUUCGCCUUAUUGGUGUUGGAAUCCCGUUUGUUGCAGCAACUCAACCUAUCAACGCAUUAGCCUUCGUUUUCGAUGGAGUCAAUUUCGGAGCGUCUGAUUUUGCGUAUUCAGCCUACUCAAUGGUUACAGUGGCUAUUGUAAGCAUCAUUGUUCUGCUCAUUCUUUCAUCAAGCAACGGGUUUGUCGGAAUCUGGAUUGCGUUGACAAUAUAUAUGAGCUUAAGGGCACUCGCUGGAUUUUGGAGAGUUGGGACUGGGACAGGGCCCUGGGAGUUUCUGAGGAGCUGAUUUAUAUAUCAAUCAUGCAAUAAUGCAGCUUUUUGGUGGGGUUUCAGCUCUGAGGAUGUGUUAGAAGUGUUAUAUGUAAAGGAAUAAGUUGUUAUUUUUGUUGGGUUUAUAGCAUAAGAUAAGAUUUUGUUAUAGAAUGGAGAAAAUGAGGAUGUAAUAUGGACAUAUAUGUGCUGCAAGAAAAGUGGAUAUCUGGUUCCAAACAUAAAUUCCAAGCCUGAGUUCAACACCCAAACAUGCAGUCAAGUAAAACUUUACAUGAGUAAAAGGAAAAAAAACAUGGGUCAUACUGAGGAAAACUCAUAAUCCUCCAUGGUAAAACUCUGAGUUGGUACCAUUUUGUUCUGCAAGGUUGAUAUCCCCAUUCUCACCUUAUUAUGGAAAUGCUAGAGAACUAUGGUUCUGCUUCUGGUUAUGCAGUUAACCUUGAAAAG